AUGGUCGAAACUUUCAACCGUGACACACAUAUUACGGUCACUACAACAAAGGGAGUUGAUUACAGUGUUCCAAGUGGUCUCUUUAUCAACGGACAAUUCGUCAAAAGUGUAUCCGGCAAAAAGUUCGCAUCUGUCAACCCCUCCAAUGGGAAGGUCUUUGCCGAAUUCUACGAAGGCGACAAGGCCGAUAUUGACCUUGCAGUGAAAUCGGCCAAGGCUGCCUACAAAUCUUGGUCCAAGGUUACUCCUGCAGAACGCGGUAGACUCAUCUUCAAGUUUUGUGACUUAUUCGAGAGAGACAAGCAAAUUUUUGCUGAACUUGAAUCUAUGGAUAUGGGGAAGACCGUCAAAGAUAUGCUAUCCACUGACGUCCCAGACUUCUUGGCAUGCAUGCGAUACUACGCUGGCUGGGCUGAUAAGAUUCACGGAAAGGUCGUCGAUGUUGAUCCGUCCUUACAAACAUAUACCCGUCAUGAGCCGAUGGGAGUCGUGGGGCAGAUUAUACCAUGGAACUAUCCAUUAGUGAUGGCUUCAUGGAAGCUUGGACCUGCUCUAUCUUGUGGAAACUGUGUUGUUCUAAAGACUUCGGAGAAAUCCCCUUGCACGGCACUGAAAAUGAUGGAAUUGUGGACUGAAGCUGGUCUUCCACCAGGCGUGUUGAACAUUGUCAGUGGAUAUGGACCAACCGCUGGGUCAGCACUUGCUUCACACAUGGAUGUCAGCAAGAUUGCCUUCACUGGCUCUACAGGUGUUGGCCGAAAGAUUUUGGCAGCUGCUGCGUCAUCAAACUUGAAGAAGGUCACUUUGGAAUUAGGUGGCAAAUCACCAAACAUUGUUUUCAAAGACGCUGAUUUGGAUAAAGCCGCUUAUUGGUGCUCCAUUGGUAUCUUCUCCAACCAUGGUCAAGCUUGUUCUGCUGGUUCUCGUAUCUUUGUGCACGCUGACAUAUACGACGCAUUCCUUGAAAAGCUCAAGGAAACUGCUCAAAAGCUCAAAGUCGGUGAUCCUACAAGUGAGGAUACCGAUCAAGGCCCUCUUGUUGAUGAGCUGCAAUUCAACCGUGUCAUGAACUAUAUCGAACAAGGAAAGAAGGCUGGAGCUCGAGUAGUGUGUGGAGGUGAGCGAAACGGAACCGUUGGUUUCUUUGUGAAGCCCACCGUUUUCGCGGAUUGCGACGAUAGCAUGAUUGUCGUCAAAGAGGAGAUCUUUGGUCCGGUGGUCGUUUGUCUCAAGUUUACCGACUUUGAUGAAGUCAUGGAACGAGCCAACUCGACGUCAUAUGGACUGGCUGCUGCUGUGCAUACUCAGUCGCUGCCUUUGGCUUUCAAGGCAGUGAAUGCGUUGGAAGCUGGAUCUGUUUGGGUCAACGCUUAUCAUCUCGGUCCACCUUCAAUGCCAUUUGGAGGAUACAAACAGUCUGGAAUUGGGCGUGAACUGGGCAAGUACGCACUUGCCGAAUACACUCAAGUCAAGGCCGUUUAG